UUUCCUUUAAGCUUUAUCCAAAUAAAAAAUGAGACAGAAAAUUGAGUGCCAAAUGCUAUUCAUUUAUUCAGGUAUUUAAAGGAUAUUAUUGAGCAACUACUAUAUACCAGGCAUUGUGUAGCCAUUCAGUUUAUACAGAGGGCAAAACAACGAUUACACAUUGGGAAGUUUAAGUUCUGAUGAGUUAGAAUGACCAUAAAAAAUAAAUUUAGUUCAUAAGUUUAUAGAAUAUGUAAAAGAUGAAAAGUGAUUUGCAAAAUACAUCAAAGGACAGCACAGUAAGGAGAAAUAGGCAAGUCGGGGGUUACUGAGAUUUUAAGUACACUGUUCAGGGUAGGUCUCAUUUAAAAAGUGACAUUUGACAAAAGAUUGAACUGCAUUUAAGAAUACGGAAUUAAGACUACAUGGAGCUAACAGCUUUCUCAAUAGACCAAUAUCAUCAGUUGAUUCAAACAAAUAAAUGGCCAUGUUGUAAACCAAGCCCACUUCCAAAGCUGGUUGAGAGUCUGUUGACUUGAACUGCAAAAUAUGCAUCACUCUCAUUUUAUUAUGCUUCUAAAUGUAAAUGAGUUUGAGAUUUAUGCCACUGCAUUUUAGCUCUAUUUUUUUCUAUUUUAGGAAAAGAGUGGAGUUCAUGAUGGGGCAUGAGAAUCACAGUUUCACCAGUGACUUCAUUCUUUCUUUCUUUCUUUAUUUUUUUAUUAUUUUUUAAAGAUUUUAUUUAUUUAUUUGACACAGAGAGAGACAGCGAGAGAGGGAACACAAGCAGGGAGAGUGGGAGAGGGAGAAGCAGGCUCCCCACUGAGCAGGGAGCCCGAUGCGGGGCUCGAUCCCAGAACCCUGGGAUCAUGACCUGAGCCGAAGGCAGACGCUUAACGACUGAGCCACCCAGGCGCCCAGUGAUUUCAUUCGUUUAGGACUCUUUUCUUCCUCUCAAUCAAGUCUAGUUUUCAUCUCCUUUAUAUUCAUCAUUUUUAUUAUGACUAUAACAGAAAACACAAUCAUGAUCCUCCUUAUCCUCAGGGACUCAAGACUCCAUACUCCAAUGUAUUUCCUGCUCAGCCAUCUGUCUCUCAUGGACAUCUUGCAUAUUUCCAACAUUGUUCCCAAAAUGGUCACUGGCUUUCUGUCAGGGAGCAGAAUUAUUUCAUUCGCAGGUUGUGGCUUCCAGAUAUUUCUAUCCCUCACCCUCCUGGGUGGUGAGUGCCUUCUCCUGGUGGCAAUGUCUUAUGAUCACUAUGUAGCCAUCUGUCACGCACUGCACUAUCCCAUUCUUAUGAAAGACUAUGUCCGCAUUCUCAUGGCUAGAGGGUCCUGGAUUGUUGGGACCAUCAAUUUCAUAUUCCACACAGCUUAUGCACUCCAGUUUCCCUUCUGUGGCCCAAGAGCCAUUGAUCACUUUUUCUGUGAAGUCCCUGCCAUGUUGAAGUUGUCCUGUGUGGACACAACACUCUCUGAACGAGGAGUUUAUGUAAGUGGCUUAAUUUUUCUCCUUGUCCCUUCCUCCCUAAUCCUUGCUUCUUAUGUCCAAAUUCUCCUUACUGUUCUUCAAAUGAAAUCAUCAGAAGCACGGAAAAAGUCAUUUUCUACCUGUUCCUUCCACAUGAUUGUGGUCACAAUGUACUAUGGGCCAUUUAUUUUCACAUACAUGAGACCCAAAUCAUACCACACUCCAGGCCAGGACAAAUAUUUGGCAAUAUUCUAUACCAUCCUCACACCCACACUGAACCCUAUCAUCUACAGUUUUAGGAAUAAAGAGAUGUUCUUAAGGCAAUGAAAAAUAUGCUCAAAGUCACUUUCUCCAUUAAAGAUAGUAAUAAAAAUGCUUGAAGCAUGUGUUUUCUAUAUCAAUAUUCAAUGCUUAGAGAUUAUCCAUUAGUCAUAUCUUUAGAAAGAAAAUCAAAGUUUCUAUCCAUCAAGAGUGGAAAGUGGAUUUUUCCAAACCUCCAAUGAAAAUAAAAAAAAGUUUUACAGGUAUUUGUUUUAUAAAUACAUACAUCAAGAAAUGUACUGUUCCCUCCCAUGAAAAAUUCUAAGAACUUAUAAAAAUUGACUUUUAUAAUACAAUCACAUUAUAUGGGAUCUAUGCAUAUAACUUUUGUAUUUCAUGAAACAGUACAAUUAUAAUUCCAAGGUUACAAGCAGUUAUCAAAAAUUCAUAAAAAAAAUAUAGGCAAAAAGGGUGCAGGUGUUCAAGAGGUAAAAAUUCUAGUUAUAUGAUACAUAAGUUAAAAAUAAGUAAGUCUUGGAGGAAGGGGCGGAGCAAGAUGGCGGAUGAGUAGGAGACCUGGAUUUCGUCUCCUCUCAGGAAUUCAGCUGGAUAGGGAUCAAACCAAUCUGAACACCUACAAACUCAACAGGAGAUCAAAGAAAAGAAGAGCAACAACUCUCUCAUCAGAAAAGCGACCACUUUCUGGAAGGUAGAAUGUGCAGAGAAGUGAAUCCACGGCGAUAUUCGGGAGGAUAGA